AUGGCUACAACAGAAAUGAACCCCCCACAGACCCCGCCGCCUCGCAAGCGCAAAAUCAGCAUGCGCCUUCCAUCCAGCAAGUCCUUCAAACGUCUGGCAAAGAAUGUGAAGGAAGAAAUGCGAGAGCUUGUCGGGCUCGGGCACCACGUGACACCAGCGCAGGGAGCCGCUGUUUCCAUCGUUCCUCUCUUCGGAGCACUUUCCUUUUCACCAUCAUCAUCUCCUCCUCGUACAAGGCGCAAUGCCUUCGACAUCGACCACGACGCCGAUGCCAGUAGCGGUCCCCCAUCCCCCCUUGCGCUCCCUGCAUCCUCGCGGUCCAGAACCAGCAGCGCCACGCUGUCAGUUGACAGCCUUCAUCUCCACAAAUCCGUAAUCGAAGGCGCCGCGCACAAGCUGGAGGGAUCAGAAUGCAGCGCGCCGGAAAUUCUUCCUAUUCAUCCAGAACAAGACGACCACAGUUUCGUCUCGGAGGGCACGACAGCUCACGCGACUCAAGACGGAGCGACGGAGGGCUUGGAUUCAAUAGCUUUCCCAAAGGGCGAGGGGCUGGAAUCCACUCCCCCUCGUGUCUGUGACUUGGAACCGCCUGACCCCUUCCUUACCGCCGAACCCUACUCGACGCCCGAUACGGAUAAUAUAACCAACUCUAUCUCGGAAUCAUCCCAAGCCCUUCCCAUCGCCCAAUCUCCCGAAAUUAUCAUCAACUCCCCAACAUCAGACUCACAUUCUCUUCCAUUUCAACCACUGCUUUCCCCCGAUGUACAUCACGAUGUAAUCCAACAACUACCACCUCUGCCCGAAGACGACGACAAAGAAGACGAAGAGGCACAGCAGGAGGAUGCUCUUAAAAUUAUUUUACCCGGACUCAUUCUUCCUACGAUGUUCCUCCCCAUCCCCAAUGUACGCCCCCCAUUAUCAUCGUCGUUGCUUUCACCAUGGCUCUCGAGAUCAUAUUAUCGUUACAACUGUACUACUAGACUAGUCCGUUGA